GACAUCGGAAUGUGUCUAAACACAAAAUCAGUUCUUUGAAAGGGCCGGAAGACUGGCUGGUGCCUGCUUGUUACCAUAGGAACGACAACAGCGUCCCGACUGUGGAUCUGCACAGCCGGAGCGAUUGUAAUCAAGGACUGAAACGAGCACCUAGUGCGUUGAUUUCCAGACGAAGGAGAAGAAGCUCCGACCGAUAAAAAUGACUUUAAACUUGGAAGACUAUUUCCGAACAGUCUAUGAAGACAAACUGCUUGUGAAGAUGCCGCCCCGCGAGGACGACCAGCUGACCACCGCCACGCGCCUGCUGCAGCAGAGGAGGGAGGUGGCGGAAGUGGAGCAGACCCUGGCCACGCGGAAAGAGGACUUCCAGAUGAGGCUGGAGAGGCUGCAGCAGCGCAGGGAGGAGCUCGGGCAGAAGGAGGAGAUGCUGAAGGAAGCCCUCCUCAAGUUCGACAAGUUCCUGAAAGAGAACGACUCCAAGCAGAGCCGAGCGGUGAGGAAAGCGCGGGCCGAGAGGAACAUGGCGCGACAGAAGGACCGCGAAAUCAAGCAGCUGUCUCAGGAGAUCGCCGCCCUUCAGGCCUGGAGGGAGCGGCUAGAGGGGAAAGUGAAGGAGAACGCCAUCUACUGGGCGUACCUGGUCAGCGCCACCGACAAGUCUGAGAAGUUCCAGGAGAUCCGCGAGCUGAUCGGCCGCUUCGACACCAUGCUGUCCACGCGGGAGCAGCUCCUGCAGCGGGAGAGCGAGGGCCAGGGCCGCCUGGAGGAGGAAAAGCAGCGUCUGCGCCGCUUCGUGAAGGAGCGCAGCGACCUCAUCCUGCAGCACAACAACCAGCUGGCCACGCUACAGACGCAGCUCGACCAGGCGCGCGCGCUGGCGCUCAAGUGGGAGUCAAAGUGGAACCACAUCCAAGCCACAGCAGCCAAGAAGACCCUGCUUUUGGGCCAGAUCAAGGUGGUGAUCCUCAACCUAUUCCAGAUGGUCAACAAGCACACCCAACAAGACUCAGACGUGUCCAUAGAAGACCCAGAGGGACAGCUGGACAGGAUUCAGCUCUUCACUCAAGACCUGUCCGACAUCCUCUCCGAGCUGAACCUUCCCGCGUAGAGUGCCUUCAAUAUCUAAUCAGAUAAAAGAAUCUAAUGACCACACGCAGAAGGCUGUUCCACUGAAGAGGGGCAUGUAGCAGAUGUCGCAUGACAGGGGCCCCAGAGUCCUUUUGAAGAUGGAAACUGGACAUCUCUCCCUUUUUGUUUAUUUUGAAGUUUCCAAUAUAGUUAUAUAUUGAAGAGAACCUUACUUAACAUCUUUGGGACAAAAGAUCUUAAAAUGAAUUCCUAGCAACGAUUAACCAGCAGUAACGUCAAAAAGGAUCUGGAAACAAAAAAGCUUCCAGUUUCUGGACAUCGAGGUUUUUCUACAAGCUAAUAACUUCAAAUAUAAUAGUACUUUGUAGUGCGAUCAAGAGUGAUAAGGAGAUGAUUUCAGUCACUGCCAGUAAUCACAGUUCCUUAUCCUGCUCUCAAAGACAAUUAAAAACUAUGAACACUCCUGUAUUAUUUCAUGUGCUCACAAGUCAAGCAAUAUUUGAACCAAGUAAAACUAGGGACUAUGUUAGCAUGGCAUGAUUACAGAUUUUCCAUGUCCCAGUGUUAGCCAGACUGAAUGAUAUUAAAAUAAAUUGGGGAGCUCACUAUAUACAAUCUUAAUCACAACUUAAAUGUGAAUAUUCCAUCACAUAAAUUCAUUUUUUUCUAUAACUUCUUUCUGAAUGAUGUGAUGUUUAUGUUUUUAAGGCCUUGGUAAACAAGCUCCUUGAUGGCCGUCAGCCAAUUUGCUAGAACCCAUCUAGUGAAAAUCCUUGAACACCAUCUGGCUUUUGUCAUUAUUUCUGUACAAUCUGAUGAACACUGCAGAAAAAUGAAAAGUACUGUAUUUUUAUUAUGCAUAUUAAAUAUAAAGAAAAUCGCA